AUGAGAAUUCUUCCUAUUUUGACAGUUUUUGCGAGCGCCUGGGAGACUGGCGUCAGCUCGGUCGGAAUGGUGCAACAGAAGCCCGUUUCUGUCUCUAUCGUCGGUCGAAAAAAGGCGAAGAAACAGAAGGCGGUGAUCGAUGAUAGCGGCCUCUUUGGCAACAGCAAGGGUAAUGGGAAAAACAACGACAUCGAAGAACGAGGAACUCACCAAUGCGGCGGUGUACGCAUCCCUUCCAUUGAGUGCUCUGAUGGAAACUGCGAGGAGGGAUUUCCCCGGUACGAACGACCUUGCCACUUUCCCACUUCAGACAUGGGAGGCAAGUUCAAGUGCCGAAUCCUCUGCGGCGCCGGCUACGUGGUCGAGGACAACGCGCCGAAGAAAAUAAAAUGCAUCGGAAAUAAGGCAAACGGCUUCCGCUGGAAGAGAACAAUCAAGAACAACAUCGUCAAAUGUGUGCCCAAGAUGUAA